AUGACGCGCCACAAAUGUAAAGAUUGCGGAAAAAGUUUCGAUUUGAAACGGUACCUGACGAAGCAUGAACUUCGGAUGCAUAACAAUCCAAAUAAGUCAGAAGAAACCGUACAAUCAACAGAACCACUGAAAUGUAGUAUGUGUGAGAAGGUAGCUUUCAAUCACUCUCGAAACCUAACAACUCAAGCUGAAGGUAUUUCCACGUCUGUCUCAUCUACAACGACAUCAAAUGACAUGUGUGAUCACUGUGGAGCUUCUUUUACACGUCCAGCUGAUCUUGUAGCUCAUCAAACAGCUUGCCUCAAAAAAGUUGCAUUGAUUUGUGUUCCAUGUGAAACAUUUUUCAAGCAAAGAGUUGAAGUGAGAAAAUGUGGUUACUGUGAUCUGGAAAAUCCUAGUGAUGAUCAUGUUUCUGAAUUUCAUUGGAGACGAUUAAAAAGAACGAUUCCUAGAAGAGUGGCUGAGAAGCUUAUGAAAACCAAACACAAAGAAAUUCCAAGCGCUUUAGAGGAGAAGCAAGUAGAAGAGGGCAAUUUAGAAGUUGAGGAAAUAGACGAUUGUGAGACGGGUUUGAAUUUGUUUGAGCAACCAAUAUUUAACGACCAAAGAUCCAAUAAGAUUGAGGGAGAAGAUUCUCUGUUUGACUUUUCUGAGCCUUCCACUUCUCAACUGGGUUUCAAUUCAACGAUGUUUGACGAAGAAGACGAUCGGCCAGAAGAUUAUCUCAGUUUUUCAAUAUGUCCAAAAGAUACAGAUGUACCAUUUCACCUUCGUGGACGUCUGCCUCCGGAACUUGUAUCUCUUUUUCCAGAACUCGAAGAUACCUCCAUUGUUCUUCUGAAUGCAACACCAUUACCGAUGUGUCGAAUGACUAUACGAGUUCCCGUAAGCAUUCCACAAUCUUGCGACAACGAACAAAAAAUGCGGGCAUGGCAAAAGUCUAUAAUCAAGUUAGAGGAUGAUGAACCUACUAAUCUGAUCUAA